AUGAACGAGCUAUCCGUCUACAGUCAAAUUACAACCAUCUCAUACAUGGUUACUACUUCAGAACUAAAGCAAUUAGAGGCGUUAAAUAGUAAGGAUGAUAAGGAGUUAAAAGUAAUUACCAAACAGAAACCUGAUUUAUUUUCAAUCGAGUGGCUACUAAAGGCAGAAGCAAGCAGAGAUGGUACAGUAGACACCGAUAACUUAGCAGAGAUAGACCUCAGAAACAAACGACUAGAGUUGUUGUUUAAAUCAAUUAGCACUGAACUAGAAGAAUUUUCGGUGCCUAAAGAGGCUCCACGUCGGGGAAAAAUUACUAAAGAGGGUUCCGAAAAUGAUGAUACAAAGAAUGAAACCUUUAUCAACUUCCCCACAACGUUUUUAAAAGCUCAUGAAUUGACUAAUGAGUUGGAAAUAGAUCUAAUGGGAAGUUCGUUAUUCAUCAACAGGCAUACCAAUCAAUUAAACGACACCAAUUCUUUGGAACAUAAUAGCUAUGAUAUGACCAGAAGCCACACAAAGAGUAACAACUCCAUGAUAAAUGACAGUCUUAAAUCAGGUGGCUCUGUCAACUCAAUAUUACUUUGUGGUAAAACUUUUGAGGAGAGCGGACCUAAAACAAAUCACAGAUGUACUCGAAAUAAACCAUCCCUGUUUGAAAACGAAGUAUCUCUCAACAACUUGAAUCCGAAACCAUUGAAACGUUUUAGAUCCGUUUCACUGUGUGACUUGGUAUUUCCAAACCUAAACUUCAAAAAACCCAGGAGGUAG